AUGUCGCUGCUGGGCGAGUACGAGCGACACUGCGACUCCAUCAACUCGGACUUCGGCAGCGAGUCCGGGGGUGGCGGGGACCCGGGCCCGGGGCCCAGCGCGAGCCCGGGGCCGCGAGCCGGCGGCGGCGCGGCCGAGCAGGAGGAGCUGCACUACGUCCCCAUCCGCGUCCUGGGCCGCGGCGCCUUCGGGGAGGCCACGCUGUACCGCCGCACCGAGGAUGACUCACUGGUGGUGUGGAAGGAAGUAGAUUUGACCCGACUUUCUGAGAAGGAACGUCGUGAUGCCUUGAAUGAGAUUGUUAUUCUAGCGCUGCUGCAGCAUGACAACAUUAUUGCCUACUACAAUCACUUCAUGGACAACACCACCCUGCUGAUUGAGCUGGAAUAUUGUAAUGGAGGAAACCUGUAUGACAAAAUCCUUCGUCAGAAGGACAAGUUGUUUGAGGAAGAGAUGGUGGUGUGGUACCUUUUUCAGAUUGUUUCAGCAGUGAGCUGUAUCCAUAAAGCUGGAAUCCUCCAUAGAGAUAUAAAGACAUUAAAUAUAUUUCUGACCAAGGCAAACCUGAUAAAGCUUGGAGAUUAUGGCCUAGCAAAGAAACUUAAUUCUGAGUAUUCCAUGGCUGAGACGCUUGUGGGAACCCCAUAUUAUAUGUCUCCAGAGCUCUGCCAAGGAGUGAAGUACAAUUUCAAGUCUGAUAUCUGGGCAGUAGGCUGUGUCAUCUUUGAACUGCUUACACUAAAGAGAACAUUUGAUGCUACAAAUCCACUCAACUUGUGUGUAAAGAUUGUACAAGGAAUCCGGGCCAUGGAAGUUGAUUCUAGGCAGUACUCCUUGGAAUUGAUCCAGAUGGUCCAUGCAUGCCUUGACCAGGAUCCUGAGCAAAGACCCACUGCAGAUGAACUUCUGGAUCGUCCUCUCCUCAAGAAGCGUAGGAGAGAGAUGGAAGAAAAAGUCACUCUGCUUAAUGCACCUACAAAGAGACCAAGGUCAAGCACGGUAACUGAAGCCCCCAUUGCUGUGGUCACAUCAAGAACUAGUGAAGUCUAUGUUUGGGGCGGUGGGAAAUCCACCCCCCAGAAAUUGGAUGUCAUCAAGAGUGGCUGUAGUGCUCGACAGGUGUGUGCAGGGAACACUCACUUUGCUGUGGUCACAGUGGAGAAGGAGCUGUAUACCUGGGUGAAUAUGCAAGGGGGUACUAAACUCCAUGGUCAGCUAGGCCAUGGAGACAAAGCUUCCUAUCGACAGCCAAAGCAUGUGGAAAAGUUGCAAGGCAAAGCUAUUCGCCAGGUGUCCUGUGGUGAUGAUUUCACUGUCUGUGUAACAGAUGAAGGGCAGCUCUAUGCCUUUGGAUCUGAUUAUUAUGGCUGCAUGGGAGUGGACAAAGUUGCCGGCUCUGAAGUGCUAGAACCCAUGCAGCUGAACUUCUUCCUCAGCAAUCCAGUAGAGCAGGUCUCCUGUGGAGAUAAUCAUGUGGUGGUUCUGACACGAAACAAAGAAGUCUAUUCUUGGGGCUGUGGUGAAUAUGGACGGCUGGGUUUGGAUUCAGAAGAGGAUUACUAUACACCACAGAGGGUAGAUGUUCCCAAAGCCUUAAUUAUUGUUGCAGUUCAAUGUGGCUGUGAUGGGACCUUUCUGCUGACCCAGUCAGGCAAAGUACUAGCCUGUGGACUCAAUGAGUUCAACAAACUAGGUCUAAACCAGUGCAUGUCUGGAAUCAUCAACCAUGAAGCAUACCAUGAAGUUCCCUACACAACCUCCUUUACCUUGGCCAAACAGUUGUCCUUUUAUAAGAUCCGUACCAUUGCCCCAGGCAAGACUCACACAGCUGCUAUUGAUGAACGAGGCCGGCUACUGACCUUUGGCUGCAAUAAGUGUGGACAGCUGGGUGUUGGGAAUUACAAAAAGCGCCUGGGAAUCAACCUGCUGGGGGGACCUCUUGGUGGGAAGCAAGUGAUCAGGGUCUCUUGUGGUGAUGAGUUCACCAUUGCUGCCACUGAUGAUAAUCACAUUUUUGCCUGGGGUAAUGGAGGUAAUGGCCGCCUGGCAAUGACCCCCACUGAGAGACCACAUGGCUCUGAUAUCUGUACCUCGUGGCCUCGGCCUAUUUUUGGAUCACUGCAUCAUGUCCCAGACCUUUCUUGCCGUGGUUGGCACACCAUUCUCAUUGUUGAGAAAGUGUUGAACUCUAAGACCAUCCGUUCCAAUAGCAGCGGCCUCUCCAUUGGAACUGUGGUUCCAAGCUCAGGCCCAGGAGCUGGUGGCGGUGGUGGUGAAGAGGAGGAUAGUCAGCAGGAAUCUGAAACACCUAAUCCAAGUGGAGGCUUCCGAGGAACGAUGGAAGCAGACCAUGGAAUGGAAGGUUUAAUCAGUCCCACAGAGGCCAUGGGGAACAGUUAUGGGGCCAGCAGCUCCUGUCCUGGCUGGCUUCGAAAGGAGCUGGAAAACGCAGAAUUCAUCCCCAUGCCUGACAGCCCAGCUCCCCUCAGUGCAGCAUUUUCAGAAUCUGAGAAAGAUACCCUGCCCUACGAAGAGCUGCAAGGACUCAAAGUGGCCUCUGAAGUUCCUCCAGAACACAAGUCCCCAGUAGGAGCCUGGCCCCCCCGGCUGAGUCCCCCCAUACCGUGUGCUGGGAAGGGAACACCAAUGACCUCUCCAGCCUGUGCAUGUGGCACUCUGCAGGUGGAGGUUGAGAGGUUGCAGGGUCUGGUAUUAAAGUGUCUGGCUGAACAAGAGAAGCUACAGCAAGAAAACCUCCAGAUUUUUACCCAAUUACAGAAGCUAAACAUGAAAUUAGAAGGAGGGCAGCAGGUGGGGAUGCAUUCCAAAGGAACCCAGACAGCAAAGGAAGAAAUGGAAAUGGAUCCAAAGCCUGACUUAGAUUCAGAUUCCUGGUGCCUCCUGGGAACAGACUCUUGUCGACCCAGCCUCUAGUCUCCUGAGCCCAUGUAGCCCCCAGGAAACUGGGAUCCAAAGACCUUCACAGCACACUUACCGAAUGCAGAGAGCAGCUUCCCUGGCUUUGUUCACUUGCAGACAAGGAGCGCAAGGCGGAGGCUCGGAAGCACUUUCCUUGUACAUUUGGAGAGUGGCAUUGCCUUUUAGAUAGGAUGUAGGAGUGAUUUUAUUAUUUUGGAGCAUAGAAGGGCCCUGUGGCCCUGGCUUUGUCAUCAGUGACGACCAUAGCAGCAGCAGCAGCUCUGUACCUCAUCUGUUAAUCCCACCUUUGAAGAGGAAACACAGCGCUCACCUUAAUUGCGCUGAUAGCAGCUCAUAUCCCACUUACCAUUUUCACCAUUGACUGGAAGCUGCCUUAGGAGUUCAGCACCAGUCAUUGCACCUCCAGGUGGGGAGAGAAGUGUAAAGCUAGAGUGGGCUGGACCGGGUGUGGCCUGCCCGGGGUCCUCCAGAGAGUGAUGAAGUAUCUGAGCCCUUUCAGAAACCUGGGAUCCAAGAAAAUUUGUCUGGUGGAGUUUAGGGUUUGUUUUCAGCAAGUUCAGUUACUUCAUGCAGCUAAAUGCUUUAGGUUAGGAGGAAAAGUGGGCCUAGAUUGCUUUUCCUCUGGGUUAGUUGAACUGAGGAGCAGAGAAAGGGCAGGUCCCUCUUCAUCUCACAGCUGAGACUUAAAGCUGUGGCUGGUGCAAGGUGGGAUUUCCCAGCUGUGGAAGAUGCCUCCAAGGGAGGAUAUAUCUCAGAGAAUUAUGUCAGGGGACGGUAGGUCAGGCCAUAGGAGAAAGCUGUGAGGGGGAGUAAUGACUCCUUUGGUGCCUUACCUUUUUGUCUGACCAUCAGUGUAGCAGAAUCUCUGUCACUGCAAAGGCUUUUUGUGCCUCUGGCAUCCUGGCUCUUAGGAGCCUGAUCUUGAUAGCAGCAGCCCCAAUUACCCCCUUUCUAUAUGUCUAGUCAGUAUUUUUCCCUUUUUGGUAUGUUUUGAAGCCAUGUCAUACCCAGUGAAUCUAUAUCCUCUUUCCUAUUUGAGUUGCCCAAAGCCAGCACCAAACUCCAGGGCCCUUAGAAACUUAACAGGUGGAUCCUGCCAAGUAAAAGGAAUUUGGCUGCAAGUUCCUUUCUGCUAUGUCCUUAUAGAAAGGAGCAAGCUACCUUUUCCAAAGAGAAUGUAUCUGAAGCAUUCUCUAGGUAAGCACUUGAUGGUUUCCCUUAAAUGUGAGCCUUGUGCCUCCACUGUGAGCCUGCCACCAAGCCUAAUGACUUGCUCCUGUAGUGUUUGGGGUCACAAGAGCUGCUUUGAUAAGUAUUACAUACUUCUUCCCUACCAACAGCUAAAUUGUUUCAUUUAACCAAACAUAUGUGUUAUCUGUUUGAUAUUGCAGAAAGACCUACUUGUGCAGUGAGAAUUUUGCCAUUUCCCUAUACUGGUAGUGUGAAGUCUGGUGCUGGGAGGAAACCCCAUCUCUGGGAAUGGGCAACUCUGUCCAAUGGGAUCUUUGAUGUCCCAUUGUUUUCUCAAUUCUGAGAAGCACAGUACAGUAGUACUAAUGUAGUCACUGAAGCCUUUUCCUAAAUAUGGGAAGGGCCAACCCUGAAUUAAGGUUACAAGUUCUCGGGGUCUGGAUGUUGACUAUAAACCCUGACAGUGGGAUUUGGUUUCUCAUAUAAAUGCAGCUUUGCUUUUCUUCACGACUGACUGGCCUCUCCUGCUCCUGUGUCCUGGUGCUCACCAUUCUCAGCGGGCCUGAGAGGCGGGUCAGUGGAUGUUCAUCUUGAGGAUCGCUUCUGCUCUGGAGCUGAGGGGCAUGGGCAUGUUGCUGAGACUGUGGGGUGGCAAUGAGUGUUGACGCAGAGCAAGAGCCCUGCUCUUGUUCCAGAAGGGUCAGUCCCUAGUGGAACACAUGGUCAGUUUCUCUAGCAUGAUUCCUUGGGAAGUCUAGUUUGCUAUUAAUCUGGCUAAGAAUCUAAGUUCUGUGCCUUAGAGAUAAUUUGCACUUUCCAAAAUUGUGCCUGUGACAGCAGUGAUUUUCCCACCAAAAAGCCAAGCCAAAAAUGGCAGCCAAGCUUUGGAUAGAGUGAAAGGCAAAACAGCAGGAAUGCUUUUGAAUGGUUUCCUAUAGUAAGUUGUGUCCUGCUUGUCUUCUGUAUGCAGUGCUAGGUGUUUGAAGCUUUCUGGUAGUAUCGCUUUUGAGUUACAGCAUAACCUGUGCUAAUCCUGUGCCGACACUUCUGAAGAACCAGCUUAUUGUUAGCCAGAUGCUGGAAAGGGUGAGGGCGGAGUGGUUUGGCCUUUCUGUUUUAAAUAAACGUUUAAAGUCUGA